AUGGUCCGCCAAUUCAAGUAUCACGAGCAGAAGCUGCUCAAGAAAGUUGACUUUCUCAAUUGGAAACAAGAUGCGAACCUCCGCGAGAUCAAGGUGAUGCGGCGGUACCAUAUCCAGGACAGAGAGGAUUAUCACAAGUACAACAAACUCUGCGGCUCCCUGCGCUCGUUCGCACACCGCAUAUCCAUGCUCCCCGCGCAGGACCCCUUCCGCACGCGCACAGAGGGCCAGAUGCUCUCCAAGCUCUACGACAUGGGCGUCCUGAACACCGCCGCGAAGCUCAGCGACAUCGAGAACAAGCUCACCGUCGCGGCGUUCUGCAGGCGGCGCCUCGCGGUCAUCAUGUGCAUGUCCAAGAUGGCGGAGACCGUCAGUGCGGCUGUGAAGUUUAUUGAGCAAGGACAUGUUCGUGUCGGGCCUGACACUAUUACCGACCCUGCGUAUUUGGUGACUCGGCAUAUGGAAGAUUUCGUCACAUGGGUUGAUACCUCCAAGUUGAAGAGGACGAUUAUGAGAUACAACGACGAGUUGGACGAUUUCGAUUUGCUAUAA